UCAAGGACCAGGGUAACCUAUGGUCCAGUCUCCAGAUUUAUACCAUGACCCGACAUUAUCCUCGAAUCCAGAUAUAUCGGGAUUCGGUAUAGCCCUCCGGGUGUAGUCGUCAUCGGCCGGAUUACAUGAGAUAAUAUAAGGCACCCUCACAUCUCUCACUCGAACCACCAUGUUACCGGCUGGUAUUUCCCUUUGCAAAUCCGUUCUCAUCACAGGCGCGACGUCCGGCAUAGGCCGUGCGCUUGCCUUCUCCAUCGCUGACCUGCCUUCGAAGCCUCAAGUCAUCGCAGUCGGCCGCCGCCAAAGUCGACUGGACGAACUUGCGGAGCGUGGGCUGGAACCGGUCAACUUGGACUUGGGUAAGGAUAGAGACGCGCUGAAGAAGGAUCUGAACAGUGUUGUUGAGAAGUAUCCUGAGUUGGAUACUAUCGUUCUGUGCGCCGGAAUUCAGCACGAGUUCGAUUUCAUGAAUGCCGAAUCAAUCAAUAUUGAUGACUUGUAUCAGGAAAUCCACAUCAACUACACAUCGGUCGUUCUUUCGGUGAUCUACCUUCUUCCCCAUCUCCAAAAACUCUCCGCACGAGGCCGAAACUGUUCCAUCAUAAUUGUAACCUCGGGCCUGAGUAUCGUUCCUGCAUCAUGGAUACCUAACUACUCAGCGACGAAGGCCGCCCUGCACAGCUUCUGCAUGUCCCUUCGCGCCCAAUUGGAAGGAACGAAGAUCAACGUCGUGGAGGUCAUUCCUGCGCUGGUGGAAUCGGAGUUGCAUGAUGCCUACGGAACAACGGAGAACCUCUCCAAGUUUUGGAUGCCCCUGGAUGAUUUCAUCGGCCAACUGAUGCCCCACUUGGUUGAUGGUACCACCGAGAUUUCCAUUGGCAUGGCCGAGACCAUUUUCAAGAAAUUCGAGGCUGGGAAGAUGGACAUAGCGUCGAAAAUUGCGAUAAAACACAAGGAAGGACAAUAGAUCACUAAUCCUCUGUCUUUCUUGAAUAGUUCCAUCGAUGUAUGUCAUAGUUUUACUGGUACUCUCUGCUCUAUUUUCCUUUUUGUUCAUAAGGAAGUACGGACACGAUAAAUCAUCAGAACAUGGCGUCCC